AUGGAUUCAAAUGCUGCACACCAUCCUGUCUUUCUGAUAUUUCCUCCAGAGAUCACUGUUCCUGAAUAUCAGUCAACGGAACUUACAGGCACAACCUAUGAGUCUAGCAUGCCCUUUCCAGAAAUGCUUACUAAAAGAAUGAAAAUCUUAGGGACUAUCCAGAUCCUGUUUGGACUGAUGAACUUUUCUUUUGGAAUUGUUUUACUUUUCGCCUUUGAAAAACCAUACCCAAGGUUCCCCUUUAUAUUUCUUUCAGGAUAUCCAUUCUGGAGCUCUGUUCUGUUCAUUAAUUCUGGAGCCUUUCUAGUUGCACUGGAAAGAAAAACCACAGAAACUCUGAUGAUGCUGAGCAGAACAAUGAACUCUCUUAGUGCCAUGGCAGCAACAGCUGGGAUUGUUCUCCUCGUAUUCGGUUUCAUUCUAGACCAAAACUUCUUUUGUGGCUAUUCUGAAGAAAUUAGUCAGUGUCAGUCUGUUAACACCCUGUUCACUGGAAUUUUGAUUAUGUUGAUGGCCUUCAGCAUUAUUGAAUUACUCAUUGCCCUGUCUUUCUCAAUUUUGAGGGGACCCAUUCACUGCGAUAACUGUGAGGAAUGCUGUUGA